AUGGCAGAGCUCGAACGAGUACUUCUGCCGCAGAGGCAGAAUAUGCGACAGAAGAUCUUUGUACUCCAUGGACUCGGCGGCAUAGGCAAGACACAGCUGGCUGUCGAGUUCACACGGCGACACCGUCGCAAGUUCAGUUCGGUGUUUUGGCUCGACGGAAGCGAUAAAGUCAGCCUUAAGCUAAGCAUUGCAAGAUGCGCCCGUAGGAUUCCUGCGAGCCAAAUCUCAGAUGCGAGCAGAACAUACUCCAUGAACUCUACGGGCAAUAUUGACAAGGUAGUGAGGGAAACAAUGGACUGGCUUGCGCAACCGGACAACACUGAGUGGCUGGUGGUGUUUGACAAUGUUGAUCGAGACCAUAGCUCGCACGCCGCAGACCCGCUUGCAUAUAAUGUCCAACAGUACUUCUCUGGCGCGGACCAUGGGUCCGUCCCCACCACGACCAGACCAGCGCCGCUAGAGCAGCUGGGCGGUCCGCAGCAAGCCAACAAGAUAGAUAGAGCUCAGGCGCAGGAAAUCUUAGAGAGCUGGUAUAGAAAAGAGCUCGGUAGGUUCUAA